ACCAGCCAAGGUCAAGGAGGGCCAGGGAAUUGGGUUCUGGAUUCUCAAGGUCUUGUAGACUCCAAAGUGAUGGAAGGACUGUGAAGCAGAGGAAGGAGAAACCAAAAUAUCCACUGGAGAACUUGGAAGAACUAGAAGAGCAUUGUUUAUCAAAGAGAUCCCUGUCAUCCUCUAGCUGGAGCAAAGUGAGGGAUGAUCCCCAAAUUAACAGUGAGCAGCAAGAAAGGAAACGGUCUGGUCAGCAGAGGCUCCAGAGAUCUCCGCUACCCAAGAUCAGUGGAGAAGUAUUUCUGAGCACUGAAGUUGAUGACUGGGAGGCUAGCGGUAGCUAUCGAACUCAGAAUUUGGAAAAACAGUCCCGACACCAAGACCAACUUUCACCCAAGACUGCACAGAAAGCAAGGCUUCACUGCAAGGAAGCUGUGUAUGGGAGGGACCGUGGGCAAGGUGAGCACAGAGAAAAGAGACACAGGCCAAGGACUCCUCCCUUCUCAGAGUGUGAGGAGCAGCUCCACCUCCAUGACACAGGAAUGAAGCCAAGAGUGAUGAAAGAAGGUGUCUCUACUCCAUCACGAGUGACUCACAGGGAUCAAGAAUGGUAUGAUGCUGAAAUUGCCAGAAAAUUGCAAGAAGAAGAACUUUUGGCUACCCAGGUGGACAUAAGAGCAGCUCAAGUAGCCCAAGAUGAAGAAAUUGCUCGACUUCUGAUGGCUGAAGAAAAGAAAGCUUACAAGAAAGCCAAGGAGCGAGAGAAAUCAUCUUUGGAUAAAAGAAAACAUGACCCUGAGUGGAAG